AGCUGAGGAGCGCGAGCCCCCGGUGCCCUGCCGCCUGUCUAACGGUCGCUCCGUGAACUGGGGACGGUGACGAGCUGCGGACCGGUUCCGAAGACUUGCUUCUACGUGGACAGCACGCCUGUGACCCGGAGUCCCGGGACGCUGACCGGUGACCGGUGACCGGGGACCAGGAGCAUCGCCAGCUGCUGGGACGCUUCAGCACACAAGUUGGGGGAGUUCAGGAAAGUCCUCGGAUUCGGUGUGUGGACGGACCGGGCUCGGCUGGACGCGGAUCAUGUUCGUCAUUUGUGUUUAUUUGUGAUCUGAGGAGGGAGGUCCUGAUAAACUAUAAAACAGUGAGUGUCAGCCUUCAGACCUUUUCAGAACCGGUCCCUGUGUGGAGCCUGGCUGCAUGUGGACGUCACUGGGCUCAGUAGAAGUCCAGUUCAUGUGCUGUCCUGUUCGCUGCUGCUCUGUGUGCAGCAGCUGCAGUGCAGCGGAUCAGAGCUCAGUGUGUGUCAGUGGGUUAUUCACAGUGCUGCUAUGCAGACUGGCUGGAGCCAGGCUCACACAGCUCCACAGCAACCCCAGCUCUGAGGCCAGGCCUGGACGGCUCUCACAAAAAGAAACCUUCACAGCUCAGGAAAAGCCUGUGCACCACUAAAUCCAGAGGGACAGCCUGUAUGGAGGAGCAGCUGCUCCACAGCUUUGUGUACCGACGUGGGUUAUUGAAGAUGCUGCUAUGCAGACAGAGUGGAGCCACAGAAACCUGCUGGUGGAAUUACAGUAACACACAUGGCUGCACAGCCUGCCUUCAGUGCAGCUGAACCGCUCGUGUGGCAUUGUUAGCAGCAGAGCUUUGUCUGCUAGGGUGUUGCUGUUGUGAUUAGAUUUAGUGAAUACAGCUCAGAGCUUGUCCCAAAAGUUGUGUCUGACUCUUAGAAGUGCCGUUUGUCAUCUGAUAGGGAUGGAGAUCAUGUGUCCAGGAGGUGGAAGCUCAUUGAGCACAUUCUCAGUCUGACAUCGUUUAGGUUUAUGGAACUGAAACGUGUUGUUGGACAGUUUUAGAGACUUUGUCACUGACGGAUUCAGCUUCACCUCCGUUUCAGUUGUUUUAAUUCUCACAUUGGUGCAAAAUGAAGGAUCCUCUUCCUCUGAAUAACACCUGGACCAGAGCCAUGAACAAGGAUCCUGUCCUGGUCUCUGUGCCAGGCACAAACAAGAAGUUCAAGAGAAAGUCCCGUGAGCCUAAAAGGCUUUUCAUCAGCCCCGAGGCCGAGAGAAUGAAAACAUGCCCAGUGGACGUGUCAGACAUGUACACGGUGGACGAUGCUCCUAUGGAGGUGUGUAACGUCAGCAAGCUGGCGCCGCUCCAGAGGCAGCUGAUCAUGUCGCAGGAGGCGAUGGCCAGUACCACAGGGGUUCUGUCAGGACUCCAGGAGGACGGUGUGGCUCCAGCUCAGAGCGGUGCCAUAGACAUGAGGAUUGGCAUUAAUGGACCUGCUGUCCUGUCCAAACUGUCCCAGGUACCCAUCUCUCCGUUCUCCAACCCAGAGAUCUCCCACUGGCCCACCUCCAUCUCUCAGCCCCUCUCCAACAGACACAAACUGGGUCUCCACCCCACCUUCUCUCUGUCAGCACCGAGCAGCAGCAGCCACUCACCCAGCCAGCAGGCCUUCUCCUUGGAGGCCUCUCUGUCAGGCCAGUCAGCAGCUCUGUCUGUCCCCAGAACCUCCCAGUCUUCCCAGUCCUCCCAGUGCCACGAACCUGUGGAGCCCCAGGUCCCUUCACCCAAGGAGUCUCCCAGGAAGCGGGUUGGGGUCACUGCUGAUGGACCUGGGCGUUUUCCAGAGGUCAAGGCUAUCCAGCAGACCAGGAGGCUUCUAGCUAAUGCCAGGGAGAGGACCCGGGUCCACACCAUCAGUGCUGCAUUCGAAGCCCUGAGGAAACAGGUUCCAUGUUACUCAUAUGGACAGAAGCUCUCCAAGCUGGCUAUACUACGUAUUGCCUGCAACUAUAUCCUGUCUCUGGCUCAGCUUGCCGAGCUGGACUACAGCUCCGACCACAGCAGUCUGAACUUCUCUCAGUGUGUGGAACAGUGCACCAGGACCCUGCAGGCUGAGGGCAGAAGCAAGAAGAGGAAGGUUGGAAGAAUGCCGGAGGAUGUAUGAUGUCUCCAGACCGGCCUGAUGUACUCCAGUCGUCCACCCAGGCUCAGACCCAACUCAUCUGGUGUGUUGAACAAAUACAGAAGCCAAGAUCCAGUUCUUUGAAAGACAAGAAUAUGCACUACAUUAAAAAAGAAAAAGAAAAGAAAAAAGAAAAAAAAAACACAUUGUGUAACCCAAAUGCAGAUUACCCCGAAAAAAAUUGUGUGUUUUGCCUCUAUUAUACCUGAACCAUAUGUUUAGAGGGGCUGGUGGCUGGAGAUGGUGAUGAUGAUGGUAGGUUGAUCAUGAUGACAACUAUUUUUAUGACAAUCUAUUUUUUAAAAAGUUUCUUCUAACAGAGAAGGAUGGAGCGAUGGUGUCAGACGGAGACCCUCUGACAUGGUCUCUUUGUUAUAAAACUUUAUUGUUUCCCCCCGAAAUAAAUGUUAGGAGUUAACAAUGUUUACAUCACCCACAUCUUUUGUACACUCAUCUCUGUUGACUCACUGAUUGUGUUAGUAUUAAUCAUAUAUAUAUAUAUAUUGUAUAUUACUUUUACAACCAUUAGUAUUUUAAUUCAUUAAUGUGAGCCAUGCUAAUUGUAGUUUGUGGGUCCCAAACAUCCAAAGGUACCAAUCAGUGUGUAAAGGAGUAACCCAUACGAAAGCAAAUAAUGGCCAUACUGAUCUCAAUUUGUUUUUUAAUAAAUUAAUUUGAAAUACAAAACAA